CUGCAGAAGCAGUUUGUGUUUUCUGAACGUAGGCAAUUUCUUAUUUAAAAGUAUCUUAAUAUCUCGAUUGCAUCCCGAGUUUCUAAAGGUUAUCCGUAAUCUAAGGUCACAACAUAAAUUUAACACUUUAUAACGUUUGAACGAAACGGAUACUUGAAUAGUAGUUCACUGUUAAUUGCACCAUUAACAACUUUUUUCUUUCAGUGCAUUUUGUAUAUUUCUAUUUCUACUACUUAAAGUUAAACUGUGAGAAAUGUCAGACUCAAAGAAGAAAGUGAUUCUAGCUUAUAGCGGCGGUUUAGACACUUCUUGCAUAUUGUUCUGGUUGAGAGAAAAAGGAUUUCAAGUUAUCGCAUAUGUAGCGAACAUCGGGCAGGACGAAGACUUUGAUGCAGUUAGAGAGAAGGCACUUAAGAUUGGUGCUGUUAAGGUUGUAAUAGAUGAUCUCAAAGAAGCAUUUGUGAGUUCUUACGUGUGGCCUGCUGUGGCUUGCGGCUUGCUCUACGAGGGAAGAUAUCUUCUGGGUACUUCCAUAGCACGUCCAUGUAUUAGCCAAGGUCUAAUAAAAACCGCAACGACUGAAGGCGUCAAUAUCAUCGCGCAUGGAGCAACUGGGAAAGGGAAUGAUCAAGUUCGCUUUGAAUUGAGCUGUUACAGUCUUUGCCCUGCAAUUACGAUUUUAGCUCCGUGGAGGGAACAUGAAUUUUAUACGAGGUUUCAAGGAAGAUCGGACUUACUGAAGUAUGCGCGACAAAAUGGAAUCCCGAUCUCAGCAACACCAAAAGAACCGUGGAGUACUGAUGCUAAUCUCGUACACAUUAGUUAUGAAUCAGGGAUAUUAGAGGAUCCUGCCAUUCCAGCGCCAAAAGAAUUAUAUAAAAUGACUACUGAUCCGAUAAAUUCCGCCUUAGAGGCAGAGAAGAUUGAAAUUAGUUUUAAAAAAGGAUAUCCAGUUAAUGUAAAGAGUCUGAAAGAUGGGAAGAUAUUCGACACUCCUCUAACAAUACUAGAGUAUCUGAACCAAAUCGGAGGUGCGCAUGGUAUCGGGAGGAUAGACAUCGUGGAAAAUCGAUACAUCGGGCUAAAAUCUCGUGGAAUUUACGAGUCACCGGGCGCCAAAAUCUUGCACAUUGCGCAUCAGGACUUGGAAGUGUUCACUUUGGACCGCGAAGUUCUUAGAAUUAAAUCAUAUCUGACAGAGAAGAUGUCAGAUUACGUUUAUAAUGGUUUUUGGUUUUCGCCCGAAUGCGACUUUGUACGAGAAAGCAUUCAAUAUUCGCAAAAAUACGUAAAUGGUGUAGUAAAGUUGCAACUGUACAGAGGAAAUGUUAUGGCGAUCGGCAGAUCGAGCCAAGUUUCAUUGUACAACAAGAAUCUUGUCUCGAUGGACGUACAAGGUGACUUCGAACCUACAGACGCUACUGGCUUUAUUCGUACGCAGGCUCUAAGAUUAAAAGAAUUUCACCGUUUCAACAAACAACAUAAUUUUUGAAUCGUGAUUUUAUUGCGAGUAUUUUAUAAAUUUCAAUAAAGAAUACACUCUGUAUUUAGCUCAAUGCUACUUUAUUACCUAAAACAUCUAUAGCGUAUUUUAAAGAAAUGAUUCAAUACUUUGUAAGAACACGCAGAAUGAUCUAAAAGAUAUAUACUUAAUAUACGUAAUUGCAAUAAGAGUUUGGAGUCGCAAGAGAAAACGUAAUGGCCAGAUUAAUUUUAGAGAAUUCAUCCUGAGAAAUCCGAUUACUCUACAGAUGUUGCGCAUGCAAGGGAAGAGGUUGUUCAAUAAAAUACUAGCACUA